ACAGAGAAAGUGCAAUGCAGCAAAUAAGUAUUUUUGCAAGAUCAUAGGCAUGUAGAUAGCUCAGCAUUUAAUACCAUCAUUCCGUCAGUCCUGAUUGAGGAGUUACAGGAACAGGGCCUCUGUACAUCCCUCUGCAAUUGGAUCCUCGACUUCCUAACUUGAAGACCACAAUCUGUGUGGAUUGGUGAUAACAUAUCUUCUUCACUGAUGAUCAACACUGGCGCACCUCAGGGGUGUGUGCUUAGCCCACUGCUCUACUCUCCAUAUACACGUGACUGUGUGGUUAGGCAUAGCUCAAAUACCAUAUAUAAAUUUGCUGAUGAUACAACCAUUGUUGGUAGAUUCUCAGGUGGUGACGAGAGGGUGUACGUGAGCGAGAUAUGCCAAUUAGUGGAGUGGUGUCACAGCAACAACGUGGCACUCAACAUCAGUAAGACGAAAGAGCUGAUUGUGGACUUCAGGAAGGGUAAGACAAAGAAAAACAUACCAAUCCUCAUUGAGGGAUCAGAAGUGGAGAGAGUGAGCAGCUUCAAGUUUCUCUGUGUCAAGAUCUCUGAGGAUGUAACCUGGUCCCAACACAUUGAUGCAGUCAGAAAGAAAGCAAGACAGUGACUAUACUUCAUUAGGAGUUUGAAGAGGUUUGGUAUGUCAACAAAUACACUCAAAAACUUCUAUAAAUGUUCCAUGGAGAGCAUUCUGACAGGCUACAUCACUGUGGUUUGGAGGGAUUACUGCACAGGACUGGAAGAAGCUGCAGAGGGUUGUAAAUUUAGUCGGCUCCAUCUUGUACCCAGGACAUCUUCAAGGAGCGGAGUAUCACAAAGGCAGUGUCCAUUAUUAAAGACCUCCAGCACCCAGGACAUGCCUUUUUCUCACUGUUACCAUCGGAUAAGGAUUAUCAUUAUCAUCAGCAGCACAAGGGAUCCCAACACACUCAGCCAUGAUAUUUCAUGAUCAGGAGUGCCUACCAUUUGGAAAUCCGAUCAUUUGAUUGUCCGCCUCCUACUUGCAUACAAGCAGAGGCUAAAAGCAAGGCUGCAGAGAUGAGGACAACAAAAGGUGGUGGUGGCAGGCAGAGGAGUGCUUCGAGUUGGUGGACUGGGCCGUGUUCAAGGCCUCAUCAGAGGAUCUGAAUGAAUAUGCCACAGACUUUAUAAAAACAGUUGUAGAUGAGUGUGUCCCCACAAAAAAUCAUUCAGAGUCUUCUGGAACCAGGAGUCCUGAAAGAACCAUGGGAUCCCCAGUCUGCGGAGGGCCAGAGCAAUGGUGUUCAGAUCUGGCAACCAAAUAAGAUACAAGAGGUAUGAUCUCCGGAAAGCUGUCUCACAUGAGAAGUGACAAUUCCAGACCAAGCUUGAAUCAGUGAAGGGUGCUCGGCAGCAGUGGCAGGACUUGAAUACUAUCAGGUUCUACAAAGUGAAACUAAGAGACAUAUGUAACAAUAAGGUUUCACUCCCAGAUGAGCGCAAUGCCUUCUAUGUUUGCUUUGCCUGUGAAAACAUGAAGGCACCUUCACGAACUCCCACAGCUCAGUGUUUUCAGUCUCUGAGGCUGACGGGAGAGCAUCCUUCAGGAGGGUGAACCCAUGGAAAGCAUCUGGCUAUCGUCCAGUUGCAUUUACAUUAACUGUGCUGAAGAGUUUUGAGAGGUUGGUGAUGAAACAUAUAAUCCCCUACCUGAGAAGCGACUUGGAUCCACUCCAAUUUGUCUACCUGAGCAACAAGUUAACAGCAGAUGCCAUUUCUUUGGCUCUGCACUCAACCCUCGGAACAUUUGGAUUGAAUAUUCUUAAUAUUCUUCAUUCACUAUCAGCCCCUAAUCAAUUAGCUUCAAGAAACACACACAAGAUGCUGGUGGAAUGCAGCAGGCCAGGCAGCAUCUAUAGGAAGAAGUACAGUCGAUGUUUCGGAUCGAGACCUUUCGUCAGGACUAACGGAAAAAAGAGAGAAUUUCCUGAAAUUGAAAUGACAUCCAAAGUGCUGGUAGACAGAGUUCGGAGUUCAGCGGGUGGAGAUGGCGUGCCAUCUCUCCAGAGGAGCCAGGCAGUGGAUCAUGGAGAGAAGGACUUGCUGGACCCCAACUUGGUAUCACGUUUAGACUCUGGACUAGGUGCUGGGACAACUUGCUCAUCCAUGGAUGGGAAUGAGAACGGCAACACAGCUGCUGGUGUGUCUUCAACUGGGGGCCUGAAUGAGACUUCAGCUGGGCAGGUCUUCAGAAGCCAGGAGGAAUUUGCCAGUGACAAAAGUAACAAUGAAACCACAGCUUUCGGUGAAGCUGGUUACGACGAGGCUGGUCUCUGCUCUGAGGAGGAUAUACUCAACUUCACCUUUAAGGUUUGUGACACCGAGAGCACAGGUAGAGUUGCGGCUUCAGCCAUCAUUCAGUAUCUACGGGAGGUGACAGGACAAGGUACAGACGGCAGGCUACAGGUGCUGCAUAACAUGUUGGACCCAGAGCGAAAAGGCGUUGCUGUCGACCGAGGGAGCUUCCAUUUAACAAUGAGAAGAUGGAUCGCAAAUUGCACUCAGGAUGGGCCAUCAGAUGAAAAAGCAUCUUUGAAUCUGAGAGAAAAUCCCAGACUUCAAUCGACAGAGGGAGAUGAGAUUUCUCAUCUGGUACCAUGGCCACUGGAAGAAGGAAUGGACGACCCCAGAAUAGAGGCCAGUGAAUUAACCAACAAGAUGGCGGAUCUAAAAUAUGCAAAUAAGAAGUUACGGGAACAGAACACCAGCCUCCAGAAAGCCUUGGAACUGUCGGAUGAGACGAACUUGCAGUUGACUAAGGAGCUGACAAAGGUGAAGAACCAACUGAUGAGUUCUCAAAGGACAUGUCGCAGCAUGCAGACGAUGGUGGAGGAAUUAGAAGAUGCAAGGAGCGCAGGAAGAGAUACCAGAGAGAGAGUCCAUCAGCUGGGGACACAAUGCAAAGAGCUGAAGAAGGAGAAAGAGGCCCUGGGUGUUCAGUUGUGGUCAGCAUCUGGAAAGAUUGAAAAGUUGGAGAGGGACAAGCGGGAGCUGAAGUAUCAGAUUGAUGAGCUGCUGGCCCAGAAGGCUGAUCUGACUAAACAGAUUCAUGAGGCUCAAAACCAGUUGAUUUCCAAAGACGCUUUGAUUUUUGAGGAAAACAUCAUGAUUGAAGAAUUGAAGAUGUUGAAGGCAAAGAGCUGUAAGGUGAUUGAGGGAUUGCGGGCAGAACUGAAAAGGUCGCAAGGGAAGAUCUGUCAAGAUUUCUUCAGCUGUAAGCUGAGUGUCACAAAAUCCUCGCCUGGACUUGCCCUGAACCGACCGAUCUGGUCUCCUACUUCCCUCCAGGUGGAAAUAAGGGAGACUCAGAAGCUGAAGGGGUGCGAGGCACUGCCUGACCCUGUCUGUGGACUGGUGCGACAUAAAGACCAGGGAGAUCAUCUCCAGGAGAUUCUCACUCACAUAAAGGCCAAGAGACAUGGCGCUCUGUUCCAGAGGACAGUUGAUGAGCUGGUUGAUCAGCUGAAUGUCCAUGCCGCUACCUUCAUGACGCUGCUGCGGCGGAUGGAGACUGGGCAACAGCUGAAUGUUCAGGACUUGAGGCUGGAGCUGGAACAGACGAUGCAGGCUGUUGUAAGGAAACUUCACCUCCUGGCCCCGGUUAAGGACUCCUGGGAUGAAUCCAUGGAGGCACUGGAAGUGGCCUGUGCGCGGUGUCAGCAGGACUACAUCAACGCCAAGCAGAACCUGGCCAACAUAUUGCGGGAGCUGGAGCUUGAGAAGAUGCUCAGAGAAGAGGCUGAAGAGCACGCAGCUGAGGCUGAACAGAGGGCGGAGGAAGCCUGGCUCGAGGCAAAGGCUGCCAGUGGUAGAUCCCUUGCAAGCAGGAAGCUCAAAGAGUCGGAGGAGAAGCGGGCCGAGAGGGACGAACAGUCAUGUUCUCUGGAGCUCCAGGUUCGAUGUCUGGGUGUUGAGGCUGACGCAGAGAGUGGCAAGGUCAAGAGGGAGAUGGCAGAGGCCUUGGAGGCAGCUGAGGCGAGAGCGCAGGCCUCUGAGGCUAAGUCCAGCGAGGUGGUGAGGAAGCUGGAGGAACGAGAGCGAGAGGCGGCUGCGGAAGGAGCGAGGGCCGCGCGCUACCUGGCUGAGGUGGAGAGGCUGAAGACGCAGGCCGCGGAGUCGCUCCUCGACUCCACCCGGAGGAUGCGCGCCCUGGAAGGGCAGGUGGCCACACUAUCACAGGAACUGGCGGCUGCCCAGCAGGAUGUCUCUGCAGCACAGGACAGGGCAGCCGUGGCAGAGGCGGGGCUGUUGGCUGCCACGGUUGGGCGUCCCGGGACUGAAGGCCAAAGGAAGGCGACAGCAGCAGAUGCAGGUGAAACCGAGCAGAUAGUGGGAUCCCAUUCCUCUGUGCAAACCAGCACAAAGCAGAGCCCCAGAACGUUGAACGGGGAACUCCAGGCAUGCCCGUCCCCUGCGGAGAACGUCACAGAUGGGAGGACAGCCCAGUCUCUGCAGCAGAGUGUGCAUGAAUGCAACAGCAGCAGUGCGGUUGGGAAGCAGGAAACAGAUGUGUGUCCUCUGUCCCAGGAGAUCUCUGAUCUACUACGUCAGCAGCGGCUCUCUACCCACAGUGGACGGUGCAACCAUGGCAGACCAGGGCAGUACUCAUCUCUGCUCGAAGCCCUUAAUCUAGAACUUUCCAGGAGCCACCAGCCGCUUGGAACCCAGAAGUGCUUUAGACCACUGCUAUUCAACCAAAGUCGUGGGGAAGAAGGGAGGCCUUCAUCACCAAAGGAGAGCUCGACCAAAGGACAAGACUCAGAGACCGCAGGCAGGAACAGCGUGGGUGGAUCCCGGUCCCAGGAGUUGGAUGUGAAGCAAAGACUGAGCCCAGAAGCCGAAGAACAGCUUCUCCCCAUUGCCUUACCAGAAGACGAAGAUUUGGCCUCGGUCUCUUCCCUGCGGCAGCUGCUGAACAACUUCUCCUUGGCGGGUCUCGAACCCUCUCUGAUCCGUGGCGCCCGUUGUGUCAUAGCCCCUAGUAUGCCCACCCUUCCUGAAGAGGAGGUGAGACCUGAGCAUCAGGAAGCAACACAGAGCACCAAACCCAACGUUCUUGCUGCUGGAACAGGGAUGAAUACAACACCAGAAAUUGUCCUCCCAGAGGUCACUGGCUCUCCGGACAAGGAGUCUGACCGAGCCACACACCUGAGGUGCCCCAGCCCCAUCCAGAGGAAGUCCAGCAGAAACUCCCGGGCCUCCUCGUCCUCAGCAAAUUCCCUCACUUCUGUCGAUGGAGAUGGCCACGUGUACGAUCUUGUGAAUGACCAGCUGCCCGAUGUCGAGCUCUCCGACGAAGACAGAAAGAAAAACACAGAGCUGCUGGAGGAGGCGAAGAAAAUCAGUGAGAGGUUCCUCAGCCGUCGGAGCCGCCGCUCUAGGACCAGUAUUUCUGAUUCACCGCCAGCGGUAACACCCUCGUGGACUCCAACUGCCUCCCCCAGCCCCUCUCACAGUAAUUCUGUCACAGCUCUGCACCUCGAGCCAGACAUGCCAGCAGUCCGGACAAUGGUCGUGCCUUCGCUUCAGGCUGGGGAGGAAGAUGCCUCUUCACCCAUCAGGGACAAGGAGAUGAAGCUUUUAGAAGUCCCUGGAUCAAGACAACAAGAUGCUGGAGUGAGAUCCGAGCAACACACCAGAAAGCUAUCUCCAGCCAGGACAACCAGUGAAACCAGAAAACUAUCUCCAGCCAAGAAGGCCGUGGAAAAUAGAAAACCAUCUCCUGGACCAAUGGCUCUGCAGAUGUCUCCUGGAAAGGUGGCGGAUACAUCUGUCCAUCGGAAAGAAGCUGCCUCCCUGGAAGUUGGUGGACGUAGCGAGUCCAAGCCUUUGGACAAGAACCGCCAUAGCACCCAUGUCAAAGGGACAGAAAGUGCUUUGGCUGGUCCUACCAAGCCAAGAUCUCUGGAAUGCAACAUAAUUCCAGUGAGACCCUCCCAGGUGCUGGUCUCUGAAACCGGAGCAGUUAGAACGAGUAUUGAACAUGCUGUCCCUCGCCCCAGGAAGCCCUGCACAGCCGAAAUCAAAUCUCUGAGCUCGCAGCCCCUUCUGCGGGCCGUUUCCUGGGAGUGUCUGGAGGUGGACGGGGAGCCCCCAAGCCCCCCUCUCCAGGCCGUUGAGAGCUUCAGUUUCAAUGUAUUCGACAACAGCCAACUUAGAGCUUUCGACUGUAAGGAACUGCCCGUUGAACCAAAGCUGCAGAAACUCACCAAACUGCGUGAGGAGAAUAAACUGAUGCGGAACCAAAACCUGUCAGCACAGAGAUUACCCGACCUCAGUGAGACCAACGAACAGGAGAGAGGUCCGUCACCCGUCCCAUGCCCUGCAGCCAAUGGCACCCACGGCAGCUCCGAUGCCACACCCAGCAUUCCCGACUCUCUGCUGCGGAAGCUGAAGGUACAGAGGGCGCUGCCUGUAGGAUUACCACCUUUGACAGAGAAGGAAGUUGAGAACACAUUCGUCCAGCUGUCCUUGGCCUUUAAGAAUGACAGCUACACCCUGGAGGCAAGGCUGGGGCUGGCGGAGAGAGAGAGAAACUUGGCUGAAGACAACACAGAGAGGGAACUUGAAAACUUCAAAUCAGAGCUGAAGUCCUCAACCUCGCUCUGGGUUAACGCUGAACAACGCGAAGCCCAGGAGAGGCUCCUGGAAACCGUGGCUGUCCUCCAGCGCCUGGCCGUCAGGCUUUCGGGGCGGGCUGAGAUGGUCGGGGCCGUCCGACAGGAGAAGCGAAUGUCCAAGGCCACCGAGGUGAUGAUGCAGUACGUGGAGAACUUGAAGCGCAUGUAUGAGAAGGACCACGCCGAGCUCACCGAGUUCAAGAAGUUGGCCAACCAGAACUCGAACCGGAACUACAGUCCAUAUGGAGACAGCAGCGAUGAUGGCGUUCCUCGGACAGCCCGCUCCAUGUCCCUCACUCUUGGGAAGAGUGUGCCACGCCGGAGAGUUAGUGUGGCGGUGCUACCGAAGUUUAUCAACUUUCCGGGGCAGCCGGGCAGCUCCUCCGCCGUUUCCACCAUUGCUCCUGUGGUGGAGUCCAACAAUAACACUGAAGCCAACACUGCAGGCUCCACCAGCACCACCAGCAGCUCGGAAGCCAUCACCAGCACCACCAGCACAGUUCCCAGCAGCUCCAGCAGAACCAGCCCGAUGCUGGCACCCCUCAUGGAAACGAAGCAGAAUGGAGAUAAAGAGGUGGAGCAGACAGCAGCAGGCACCGUGCGUCCGCCUAGCCUUGACCUCUCCAGUCUGGAGACCAAGGCCAAGAUCGAGGAGGAAGCCUUCAACAAAGGUUACCAGGAAGGUUUGAAAGCCCAACUCAGCCAGGAUCAGAAGGAGCUUCGGCAUGAAACUGGGAAAGUGGAAGGAGCCAGCGAGGGACCAGCAACAGAGACCAGCCUCACAGGGGGAAGGAAGGGCAGUAAGUUGGAAGAGGUUGCUGAGCUGAUUGUCCAGCUGUGUCCGAAGCCAGCGAGGCACCGCAGCGUGAUCUGGGUCGUGGCUGCCAUUGUCCUCCUGCUGGCCGUACUCAGCAGUAUCUUCGCCUCUCUGCGCAGUCCAUGUGAGCAGGCCGCGGGCUCGCCCAGCGCGAAGGGCUCCUGCCUCCCCUCCGGGCACAGUUCCUCCUGGCCUUUCUCACGACUGUGGCACAGAAACCGGGCACAGGCGUGA